AUGGAUUCCUUCUUCUUUCAUGAAUACCGAACUUCAGAAUUCUCACCUGAAUCAUCACUAUUUGAUCCUCUGGAGUAUUUUUCUCCAUGGGAUGAGCCUCUUUUCAACCAUGAUUCACUUCCAUUCGGCAUAAAUGCCUCAGAUCAUGAGAUGAUCACACCAUUUUGUAUGCCGGCUGAGGGAGCUACAGGCUCAUCUGAGCGGGCAUCAUCUGCAGUCGUUAAGGAGGAUCAUGGGGUGAGUUCCAAUGCCCAAGAGGCGACAUCCAAGAGUGAAAAGUCGUACAGAGGUGUAAGGAGGCGGCCAUGGGGGAAGUUUGCAGCGGAGAUAAGGGACUCAAAUAGGCAAGGGAGGAGGGUGUGGCUUGGUACAUUUGAUACUGCUGAGGCUGCUGCUUUAGCAUACGAUCAAGCAGCAUUUUCCAUGAGGGGGUCAAUGGCCGUCCUCAAUUUUCCUGUGGAGUAUGUCGAGAAGUCCCUUAGAUACAUGAAGCAUGGCCACAAGGAUGGUGGCUCGCCAGUAAUGGCACCAAACAACGGGCUCUCAGUAGGGCAAAAAUCAGCUAAUGGGAGAAAAGAAGACAAAGAUGAAAGACCGGCACAGAAUGUUUUAGUUUUAGAGGACUUAGGAGCUGAUUAUCUGGAGCAACUCUUGUGUUCAUCAGAAAGCUGCUGA